ACCAGCGCCAGCAGAAAAAAAAAAAGAAGCUAACUCCCCAACGCUGCUCUCUGAAAAUGGCGGAUAUGCCGGAGAAGAGCCUGGACGACUUCUUCGCGAAGCGGGACAAGAAGAAGAAGAAGGAGAAGGGCAAGGGCAAGGAGCCGCCGCCCGGACUCGUGUCCGCGAUGGUGAAGAAGACGAAGAGGGAGAAGUCGACGUCGACGAAGAGCGAGAACCAGGACGCGCAGAUCGAGAAGGACGAGGAAUGGAAAGAGUUUGAGCAGAAAGAAGUGGACUACAGUGGUCUCCGGCUCCAGGCUCUCCAGAUGAGUGACGAGAGGGAGGAAGACGAGUACGAGAAGGAGGAGGUCGGUGAGGAUGGAGAGAUCAUUCUGGUGAGCGGAGACAAGGUGUCGGGGCCCUGGAACAAAUCUGGAGGUGGUCCUCCUCCUGCUGCUGCGCCCAUCGAGGAGGAAGAGGUUCCUGAAUCGAAGCCUUCUGGCGUAUAUCGCCCUCCAGGGGCUCGGCUGACCACCACCAAACGAGGUCCCAGUCAGGGCCCUCCUGAGAUCUUCAAUGACGCACAGUUCCCGUCUCUACUGGCCACCGCCAAGCAUGUGGAGACACGCAAGGACAGAGAAAUGGAGAAGACCUUUGAGGUUGUGAAACACAGGAACCGUGGUAGAGAUGAGACCAGUGGCGCUUCUACGCAGCAAUUGCAGCUUGACAACCAGUACGCCAUCCUCGGGGAUAAGUAGAGCCGCUCCCCUCCGUCCCCUGGCCCCUCCAGCACGGUCCUGCCCAGUCCCUCGAAGAAAGCUGAACUCCAGCUAUGUGGACUGCAGUCCUGACCGAGCUCAUGCUGCCUCUAUCACCACACUGGUUACACAAACACACAGGCCUGAAUACACACACAGAUACAUUCACACACACAGCAGCACACACACACACACAAAUAGUGACACUCCCUUUUAAUUAGAUCAAUAUAACACUUCACACACACAUUUGGUUGGCAAACCUAAAGGACUGCAUCUGAAGGGGCUGUUUAAAAGAGGGAAUAAUAGAAAAGGAAUUAGCAAAAUACACCCAAUCCUACAACACUGCAGCAACAUCAAACAACAACAACAUAGUUGUCCUUUGGGAUUGUACUCAGAGCAGCGGUUGUAUGGCGCAACUUCUCUCUGGACUUCAACUUGCUUUGAUAAAGCCACUGAGGAUCGAAGAAGACUUUAGGCAAGAUGAUUUUACAAACUUCUGUGAAAAUAUCUAUUUUUUUGCAAGAUUGCUAUAACCCAAUCGCACAUGGUUAUUUUGAGGUGUGUUUUUGAGUUGCAAUUGGGGUUUGGGAGUGGGGAAACUACCUCAGCAGCACAGCUGGUGGUGACCAUGUGGACUGAGCUGUUUUUCCGCUGUGGUGGUGAAGGGGGCAAACACCAAUCCCCCCACAUACGAGAGCUGGCCAUCAGGCUCUUCGAUUUAGAAACUUGAAGCUAUGUUUUUUUCCCCCGUCAUCAUUGUGAUGAUGAUGACACCCUGCAGAGAUCUAUGGACAAGAAGGGAUAGGUUGUGGUCCUCAUUUAGAAUUUCUAUAUUAAGUGGCCUUACUGAUAGAAACUGCUUUGUCAUCUGAAGAGAACAUUGCUUGUUGUCUCCCGGGCUGUUGCCUGCCUCUGGAUCUCACCACUUAGUGAAAAUAAACAACAUACAAAUAAAAAAAGAAUCCUUCUGUUGAAGAAUGUAGUGCUGAUGUAGUUUGCCUGAUGAUUUCAACUACUAACUGUCUUUCAUAUCCACUGUUUGAUUUUGCUGCCCUGACUUUAUUUUGCUAUCUUUUAGACUUCCACAAAAGAGUAACUGAAGCUAGCUUCUAAUCCGAAUCAUUCUUCUGGGAACAGAUGCUUUACUGACAUCUGAAAGCAUUUCAGUUGUCACAGAUGUUACAAUGCCAACACAAUACUUACCUUAUCUUUAUUUUUUAUUUUUAUCAAGGCUUUUCCUCCACCGUUAUCAGUCUCAGCCCUCAUUGCAGCUGUGUAGAACAGUUAGUUUGUGCAUAAAUUCAUCUGCAGAGAGUCACAGUUACCGCUGGUCUGUAAAUACAAACUGUCACCAAAUCCAACAUGAGUGCUAUCCACGUCCAAAACAGUGGUUUGCCCAGUUAAAAUCAAAUGGGUUUUUACUACAAGCUUAAUGUUUAGAGAGGUGAAGAUGAACUGGAUUUAUGUCUGUGUUUCUGUCCUUUCCAUACAGAUGUUAGGGAAUGUUGAUCCCUGCUGGGACACUUCGCGUGGACAGAUAAUAUUUGUGAUGAAAAGAGAAGAGUCUAACACAAAAAAAUAAAGUGAUCCUCUUGAA